UGAGGCCCGGGAGGUGACAGCCAUGGCGUUGGCGCUGCUGGUGACUCUGGUGGCCGCGGUGGCUGCGCUGGGCCGGGGGGUGCAGGCCCAGUGCCCCACAGCGGCAGAUCUGCGCCCCACCAACGGCACGCAGCUGUGCGCCCUGCUCUACGCCGACAACAGCCCCUACUACGACCAGUGCUGCGCUGGUGACGUGCUGGAGGUGCUGCCGGGCAGCGACAUGCCCUACAUGCCCCAGGGGUGGUCCGCCCGCGCCUCCUCCCUCGUGGUGGGCACCAGGUGCCAGCUCACCGUGUGGUCGCGCCGGGCCAAGGACGGCAACUCGCGGCACUUCGGUGCCGGUGCGGUGCCGCGGCUGCAGGAGCUGCGCCGGGGGCUCUUCGGGGACUGGAACAACGCCAUCCGGGCCCUCUACUGCACCUGCGAGUGA